CAGUGGCAUUUUGGUUGAAACUUGACAGUUGACAGUGUGCUUGUCAGAAACUGCUGACAAUUGACAAAUUGACAAUUGAUAUUUCUACAGUAUCAGUAAUCAAUUUUGUCUGCGGCUUAGUUUUUUAGUUUGGAAUUUAAUUAAUUUGAACAGAACAAAUUAAUAAAACAUGUAUUAUUUUCAUACAAACAAACAUUUAUAACGUUAAAAAUAAGUCAAAAUGUGUUGUUUUAUAUCACACUUCACACAUAAAUUGAACUUUACUUCAAAGAAUAAAGAGUUGUAAAUUAUGAACAUCUAGUGAGAUCGUUUAAUUAUAAGUGAAAUCAUUUGUAACUAACAAUGCUUGUUCACGAGAGAAUUUUUCAAUGGCUUGGUCACCUGAAACUAUCCCGGGUCAUAAUAAUGGUUUCUGUGAUACUAUUUCUAGUACCACUCUUUACACACUAUUAUUUAUCUAAGUAUGAGUCGUCCUCUUCAUUGGGGUUGAAUGCAAUGCAGCACACAUUGGAUGCACUGGGCGAUAUCUCAACAAUUAACGCAGAUGAUCUCAAAAUUAGAAUUAAAGAAAUGCUUCGAAUCAAGGCAUCAGUCUCUACUGAAUUACGUGAAUUAGAAGAAAAGCGUGGACGUUUACAAAAAGAAGCAGCAGCUGCCAGUGCUAAGGCUGAUAACGUGAAAGCAGAAUACGCGCGCGCUUCCGCAGAGUUGCAACGGUUGCGAGUGUCCGCCGACCAAGCACGACUCGCACAGCUUGAAGCAAUCCGCAGAGAUUCUCCAGAAUUAGCUCCACCUAACCAAAUCCUUCCAUCGCAACCUCCGCCUAUCUUAUCUCCGUUACACCCUUCUUCUGAAGUACACUGUCGUAUGCACUCGUGUUUUGAUCACUCACGUUGUUCCUUAACAUCUGGAUUUCCAAUUUAUUUCUAUGAUCCCGAUGUUCAUUCACCUCUCGCUGGAGCAGAGGUGGAUGGCUUUCUUAAAACUACAUUGCGACAAACUUUAAGCUAUAACGCUCACCUGACACAUAAUCCGAACGAAGCCUGUCUCUAUCUUGUUCUGAUUGGAGAAUCAUUUCCCACUACCAAAGGCCCAUCUUCAACACCAGAAACGUAUCAACUAAUGUUGAAUGAAACAGCAGUUAAAAGCCUUCCAUAUUGGGGCGGCGACGGCAGAAAUCACGUUCUGUUGAACUUAGCCCGACGAGAACUUUCAGUAGGUUCCGGUGAUGCAUUUCAAGGUGCUUCGACAGGUCGUGCCAUGAUAGCUCAAUCUACUUUUACCCUGCAGCAGUUUAGACCGGGUUUCGAUAUCGUUACUGCUCCAGCAUUGGGACCGCCCGGUGGGGAUGUUUGGGCAGAAUGUGCACCAAUUGCACCUGCAAGAAGAAAAUAUUUACUUAGUUUUCAGGGUUCGAAGUCGCCUGUGACAGAUUUGAAUAAAGAAGACGAUAAACAGUUGAUAGAAUCAUUGCAAAAGAUUGCAAAAAAUGCACCCGCCUCGGAUGUAUUCUAUUUGCAAUUUGAAUGCGAUCCUUCAGUGGAUCGACGAGCGAUUCGGUCCAUCGGAGAUUGGGCGCUCUGUGGUACAGAUCGAUCCAGACGUGCAAUACUCCGUGAUUCAACUUUUGUUUUAAUACUAGCACCCGCGGAUCAGAACUAUGCUUCUACAGCUCUUUUGCAAGCGAGACUGUAUGAAGCAUUACGAUCUGGUGCUAUACCCGUCAUACUUGGUGGAGAUAGAAUUCGUUUGCCAUACGACGAAGUUCUCGAUUGGCGCCGAGCUACUCUAGCUUUGCCAAAAGCGCGUGUCACAGAAUUACAUUUCUUGCUACGAGCAUUGUCAGAUGCUGACUUGCUGGCAUUUAGAAGGCAAGGCAGAGUUCUUUGGGAGAGAUAUUUGAGCUCGUUACAAGCGAGCAUCGACACGUUAUUGGCUGUGAUAAGAACGCGAUUGAAUAUUCCUGCUCGACCGGCAGCUCCCACGUUGGGGACGCCUGCCUUUAAUGAGUCUUAUUAUCCAUUGAAGGUGGAACCACCAGCGGUCGAUUCAGAACCGGAAGAGACUCUCGGACCCUUGGAAGCUCCAUAUCCUAGUCCAGCGUAUCGGCGUAAUUAUUCAUUAUUAUUGUUACAUGGCUAUGAGAUGUGGAAUGACUGGGGAGAACCGUUCGCGAUAUAUCCGCAAUUACCUUGGGAUCCGCCGGUAACAUCAGAGGCUCGGUUUAUGGGGUCAGCGGCGGGCUUUAGACCCAUUGGAGCGGGAGCUGGGGGCUCUGGGAAGGAGUUUAGUGAAGCUCUAGGCGGGGACAGAGCAAGAGAACAGUUUACAAUAGUUAUAUUGACGUAUGAACGAGAGGCAGUACUGGCCGCGGCCCUCGCGCGGUUGCGUGGUUUGCCGUAUUUGAAUAAGGUGGUGGUAGUAUGGAACGGUGUUUCGGGUCCGCCGGCCAGCCAAUCAUGGCCGGAGUCUGGUGCUCCAGUUGCAGUUGUUCGAACACAACGCAAUUCGCUUAACAACCGCUUUCUACCAUAUCAUCUUAUCGAGACUGAGGCGGUGCUGUGCGUUGAUGAUGACGCACAUUUGAGACAUGAUGAAAUCGUCUUUGCGUUUAGGGUAUGGCGUGAGCAUCGGGACAGAAUCGUGGGUUUCCCCGGCAGAUAUCAUGCAUGGGACCUUAACUUUAACAAUGGAUUCCUCUACAAUUCAAAUUACAGUUGCGAGCUAAGCAUGGUGCUAACAGGCGCGGCGUUCGUACACCGCUACUACCUGUGGGCGUACUGGCGCGCGCUGCCCGCCGCCGUGCGGGACUACGUCGACGAGUACAUGAACUGCGAGGAUAUCGCUAUGAACUUUUUAGUUGCUCAUAUUACUAGGAAGCCACCGGUUAAGGUGACGUCGCGUUGGACGUUCCGUUGCCCGGGCUGCCCGGUGACGCUGUCUGCCGACGAAACACACUUCCACGAGAGACACAAGUGUAUACAGUUCUUUUCACAGGUGAUGGGCUACACGCCGCUCCUGUCGACGCAGUACCGCGCCGACUCGGUGCUGUUCAAAACACGAAUACCUCACGAUAAACAAAAGUGCUUCAAGUUUAUAUAGGAAUUAUUUAUAAGUAAAAUAAUCGUAGAUAUAUAAGCACAGUAAAGCUGAAUUUGACGACUUCGUAUUACAUUUUGACGGAAAGGAGAAAAUAAAUUUAAAUUUUCUUGUGUUGUAUUAUAUCAGUAUGUGAUUGUAUUAUUAAAAUUCUAAAAAAUAAGUUUCAGAACAUUAUCUGAUUAUGUACUAGUCUUUGUAAAAAAAAUAUAAGGCAUCACACAUAAUGUUAUUGUUCGGAGUUUUUUCACAAAAAAUGUGUUCAAACUUCAAAGCCUUCUAUUACAUUAUCGUUAUCAAAAAUCUCAACUAUCAUUAUUUUAUGUUUUGAUUGUUGUAAACAAAAAUUUAGAUUUUAUCUUGAUUGAACUAUAACUAAAUAUUUCACAGCAGAAAGAUAAUCGUUUUAGGUUUUAUUAACUAAUUCUUAUCACGAUUUUCGCCCACAAUCAAAAGACCGUAGUCAUUACCAUUUUUUGGUCGCAAUGGUUUGAAAUUUUGUAUACUACACAUAACAUCUUAAUGAAGUAUUGUAUAAAAACCGUAUUUCUAGACUUAUUAUAUUAAAUCUCAACUUAUAUUUGAUAUUUCAUUAUAAAAGUUACGCCAUAUUCGACCAAAGUACUAAACUUACAUUUAUUUUUGCGAUGAUUUUCGUCAUAAAGUUGUAAUUACUAGUCUAAUUUUGUAUUCGUAUUAUUUUAACUGUUGUAAAUAUUGUGUACAAUAAAAAAAGUAAAUAUAAUCUAUACUGUGUAAUGUGUUCUAUAUUAUAUUAUAAUUAUUAAGUUUAUAAAUUAUUUUAACGAGCUAUAUACAUUGUAAUAAAACUCUUGAAUACAUAUAAAUCAGAAAUAAAGAACUAAAAAAAAGAUUAGAUAUUAGAAUUAUUGUAUGAUUUUGUUUACUCGGAUAUUUUUUUUAUUCGUUUUUAUAGGUCAAGACUGAUUAACUCAUCGUAGGCAUGACGAAAGAUUUUGAAAUCCUCUUCCAUAAUGUGUGUAUACGUUUACUAUACAAAAAAAACCCUAUAUUUCGGUAAUAUACUUAAAUUUAACGAAGA